CAUUGUUUGAGCAUUUGCGUGCCCUUGCAUUUCACUUCCCCUCCGUCAUCUCUCGCGUGAAGUUUGCUUCCGUACUGGAGCUGUGGACUGUGUUUCUUCUCUCCCUCUCUCUCUCUAGAAACGCAUCUUCGACGGCGAUAAUUUGAUCUGCUUUUGGAGGCGGCUUAAAGGAGAUUGAAAAGUAAACUCUAAAGUACUCCUUAAACUCGCAAAGAUGACGGUUACACCCAAGAUCUCUGUCAACGACGGGAACCUUGUGGUUCAUGGGAAAACCAUACUUACUGGGGUUCCUGAAAACAUUGUGCUUACCCCAGGAUCUGGCAUAGGCCUUGUCGCAGGUGCUUUCAUUGGUGCCACAGCUUCUCACAGCAAAUGUCUCCAUGUCUUUCCAGUUGGUGUCUUGGAGGACGUGCGCUUCAUGUGCUUAUUUCGUUUCAAGCUCUGGUGGAUGACCCAGAGAAUGGGGACGUGUGGGAAAGAUAUUCCACUGGAGACUCAGUUCAUGCUCAUCGAGAGUAAGGACAGCAGUGAAGGAGAAGAUGCCCCGACUAUCUACACUGUUCUUCUGCCUAUUCUUGAAGGGCCAUUCCGAGCAGCACUUCAAGGAAACGACAAGAGCGAGCUGGAGAUCUGCCUUGAGAGUGGAGAUGAUUCGGUUGAGACAGACCAAGGACUUCACCUUGUUUACAUGCAUGCUGGGCUCAAUCCCUUUGAAGUCAUUGAUCAGGCUGUCAAAGCUGUUGAGAAACAUAUGCAAACAUUUCAUCACCGAGAGAAGAAGAAGUUGCCUGCUUUCCUGGACUGGUUUGGAUGGUGCACAUGGGAUGCGUUUUACACUGAUGUCACUGCUGAGGGUGUUGAAGAAGGGCUCGAGAGCUUGUCUAAGGGAGGUACACCACCACGCUUUCUGAUCAUAGACGAUGGUUGGCAGCAGAUUGGCAAUGAGGCAAAGAAUGAUGCCAAUUGUGUUGUACAAGAAGGAGCUCAGUUUGCGAACCGGCUAACAGGAAUCAAAGAGAAUGCAAAGUUCCAAAAGAAUGGAAAAACCAAAGAACAGGACUCAGGUCUGAAACAUGUUGUGCAAGAUGCCAAGGAACAGCACAAUGUCAAGUUCGUCUAUGUUUGGCAUGCUCUUGCGGGUUACUGGGGUGGAGUGCAGCCUGCAGGUCCGGGGCUGGAACACUAUGACACUGCUUUGGCAUAUCCUGUGCAAUCUCCCGGUGUGAUGGGGAACCAACCAGACAUUGUCAUGGAUAGUCUUGCCGUGCAUGGGUUGGGCCUUGUCCCUCCUAAGAAAGUGUUCAAUUUCUACAACGAGCUUCACGCCUAUUUGGCUUCCUGUGGAGUAGAUGGAGUUAAAGUUGAUGUGCAGAACAUCAUUGAGACUCUCGGAGCUGGUCACGGAGGCAGAGUUUCUCUUACUCGUAGCUACCAUCAAGCCCUCGAAGCUUCCAUUGCUCGCAACUUUGCUGAUAAUGGAUGCAUCUCUUGCAUGUGCCACAACACUGAUGGAAUCUACAGCGCCAGACAGACUGCUGUCGUCAGAGCUUCUGACGAUUACUACCCUCGUGAUCCUGCUUCUCACACCAUCCACAUUUCUUCAGUAGCUUAUAACACCAUUUUCUUAGGGGAAUUCAUGCAGCCUGACUGGGAUAUGUUUCACAGCCUGCACCCUGCUGCUGACUAUCAUGCUGCAGCUAGAGCUAUAGGAGGAUGCUCAAUAUAUGUGAGUGACAAGCCCGGUAACCACAACUUUGAGCUCUUGAAAAAACUGGUUCUUCCUGACGGAUCAGUUCUUCGUGCACAGCUUCCUGGACGCCCCACAGUAGACUGCCUCUUUGUUGAUCCAGCAAGAGACGGGACAAGCUUGCUCAAAAUCUGGAAUGCAAACAAGUGUUCUGGAGUAGUUGGCGUCUUCAAUUGCCAAGGUGCAGGGUGGUGCAAGAUAGAGAAGAAGACGCGCAUCCAUGAUGCCUCCCCUGGCACACUCACUGGCUCCGUUCAAGCUAUGGACGUUAAUGGCAUUGCCCAACUUGCUGGACCAGAAUGGAAUGGUGAUGCCAUUGUGUAUGCACAUAGAUCUGGCGAGGUAGUCCGCCUGCCUAAAGGCGCAUCCCUCCCAGUCACGCUCAAGGUUCUUGAAUACGAGCUUUACCACAUAUGCCCUCUCAAGAAGAUCACAUCAGACAUUUCCUUGGCGCCAAUUGGCUUGCUCGACAUGUUCAACAGUGGUGGCGCUGUGGAGCAGUGCGACAUCUCUGGUGGCACCGUCACACUCAAAGUCAGGGGAUGUGGGCGUUUUGGCUUCUACUCUUCUGAGAGGCCAUUGAAGUGCACUGUGGGAGGCAGUGAGACUGGAUUCGACUAUGAAUCCGGCACGGGACUAGUGAGUCUGUCCAUCCCAGUGCCAGUGGAGGAAAUGUACAGAUGGGCUAUUGAGAUCCAAUACUGAGGGUCUACAGAGAUAAAGGAGUCGUGUUCCUUGUUUUCUAAGAUUGUAACUCUAUAGGAAUAAGUGCAAUGUGUUGUUGUGCCAAUUAUCUCAUAAUAUAUGUAUCUUUCCUUGCAAUUUCA